UAUUGUGAAAGAAAUAAAAAGUAAGCCAGUCAUUCAAAUUUACUGCUCUUUCUUUGGUCUACUUUUAUUAUUAUUGUUAUUGCAAUAAAUUAUUGUCAAAAAGAUACAAACAAACAAUGAUGGACUUUCACCAUUUUCCCCUCUGCACCAUGCAUCCAUGCCAAGGUUCAUAAUUAAGCUCUGUAACCCACUUACCCCACCCCUAUCCCUUUUACCCCACCCCCUUCAAACCCAAAAAUUUCCUAAUGAAGAAGAAAGCUUUUUUCACUUGUUGUUUUUAUGUUUAUGUAUAAAUGUACAUAGUACUAGUGCAUGAAGAAAUUUGAAUGAUGAAUAAUGACAUUUUUGUUUUCUUUAGCCUUGUUAUCAGCAUCUGAAUCUCCUUCUUUCUCCCUUCAACCCACCACCCACCCAACAUACCCACAUUCUGACACCCUCCCUACCCUUCUCUGCAAUAUAUCUGAAUCUUUUUCAUGUUAUGUAUAUAUAAAUAGUUAUAAUGAAUGUGUAUGAGAUCUAGGCUCUCUCUCUUUAUUUAAAGAAUCCAAGGUUGUAAAUUGAGCAAAAAAGGCUUCAGCUUUACAUGAUUCUUGCAUUUUUCUCAAUCUUUUCCCUAUAUGUAAAUCAAGAUCUGAACACCCUUUGAGUUAUUUUGAGGAAAGAUUUGAUUUUUCUUUCUUCUUGCUGAAGAUAAUGGCACCCCCAUUUUGUGGUUUAGCUUAAAGUUUGCAGAUUUUUUAGCCAAUGGGGUUUUGGUUUAGAUCUUGGUUCUGUACUACAACUCUAGGGUUGUUGCCCUUUACCAGUAAUAUCUUGAUUUGAGUGUUCUUGCACCCUCUUUUAUCUGUUUUUGUGUUAAAAGUUUGUGAAAAGCACCAUGUGGAAGCAUUUUCUAAGUAAGCUUCCGAAGAAAUCACUGAAAUCUGAGUCAGUAGACUUAGGAAGAGGCAAUUCGGACUCACAUAGCCCGAAUGCAAGCUCAAAUAUAGGUCCUGGAAGGCCUAAUAGUGUUCCAAGGAGGACUUCCUCAGUUGUGUUCCCAGCAAGUGUGAUUGCAGGGAUUGAGCCUUUGAUUUCCUUCAAAGAUGUUCCCAGCUCUGAAAAGAUGAAUCUUUUUAUCAGUAAGUUAAGUCUCUGCUGUGUAGACUUUGAUUUCAGGGACCCAACUAAGAAUGUAGCAGAAAAGGAUCUAAAAAGGGCUACAUUGUUUGAGCUUUUGGAUUUUGUAUCUGCUAAUCCACCCAAAUUUUCAGAACCUGCAAUUCUUGCAUUGUGUAAAACAUGUGCUGUUAAUUUGUUUCGGGCUUUCCCUCCUAAUUAUCGGUCUAAUAGUAGCCAGACCAGCGAAAAUGAUGAUGAUGAGCCUACUUUUGACCCUGCCUGGCCUCACUUGCAAAUUGUUUAUGAUCUGUUGCUCAAGUUUGUAACAUCUUCUUCUCUAGAAGCUAAGGUUGCAAAGAAGUAUAUAAACCAUCAGUUCAUCUUGAAAUUACUUGACUUGUUUGAUUCUGAAGAUCCAAGGGAAAGAGAUUGUUUGAAAGCUAUUUUGCAUAGGAUUUAUGGCAAGUUCAUGGUUCAUAGACCUUACAUAAGGAAGAGUAUAAGCAAUAUGUUUUACCGCGUUGUAUUUGAGUCUGAGAAACAUAAUGGGAUUGCUGAACUUUUGGAGAUUUUCGGAAGUGUGGUGACAGGGUUUGCUCUGCCAUUGAAAGAGGAGCAUAAGAUCUUUUUGUCAAGGACCUUGAUUCCUUUGCACAAGCCAAAAUCCUUGGGGAUUUACUUUCAACAGUUAUCAUAUUGCAUUAACCAGUUCAUAGAGAAAGAUCCCAAAUUGGCUAGCACUGUGAUUAGGGGUUUGUUGAAGUACUGGCCUAUCACAAGUACCCAAAAGGAGGUGAUGUUUUUGAGUGAGCUGGAAGAAAUUUUGGAAGUUAUUAACAUGGCUGAGUUCCAAAAAGUGAUGGUUCCCUUGUUCUGGCGGAUCGGUUGCUGCAUCAAUAGUUACCAUUUUCAGGUUGCUGAAAGGGCUCUGUUCCUUUGGAAUAAUGACCAAAUUGUCAAUUUGAUUGCACAUAACCGGCAUGUGAUUCUCCCGAUUAUAUUCCCAGCUGUGGAAAGCAAUGCUCAGAACCACUGGAAUCAUGCUGUGCAGAAUUUGAGUCUAAACGUAAGAAGGAUGUUCUCUGAAAUGGAUGAUGUGCUUUUCCUUGCUUGCCAUUCGCAUUACAAGGAAGAACAGGAAAAAAUAAACUUGGAAUCUGAAAAACGGAAGGAAGCAUGGGAACAGCUGGAGACUGCAGCUAGUCUACGUCCACCUGUAGCUGGAAACAUUGCUGUCCUGGUAAUGCCUUUAGCAACUUCAAUCACUUGCUAAGACAUGAUGACUCCACUCUAUCCUUGUCCCCGUGUUUUGCUGUGUAUGUUCCACACAAUGUAGGAGUCAUGGACAAAAAACUAGAAUGGCGUCAUGGAUGGAAAAUGGCUGUUGUCUGGUGCCGGUUUUUGAAGAUCAACCCGAUUAACAGCCUUAUCUCUGUUGUAACUUAGUCCUACAACUGUGUUGAGGAGCACGAAUGGGGGGCUAAACUAACAUUUGUUUCUUUUAUUAUGAACAUUUUGUCAUGGCCUUAUAUGUUUAUCUAAAUGGCUAAUAUUUUCAUCACCUUUUUGCCUAGCUUCUUUAGUGUUCAGCUUUGCUAGUUGGAUGAAAGUGGAAAAGAAGAAAAAGAAAAUAGAGAAGUUUCAGGCAAUCUGUUUGACACCAUUUCUUGUUUUUGUUAGUACCAAAAACAUUGACUAAUUUGUAGUUUUGUACUAUAUUUAUGAAGCUUCUAAUUAUUACCUUUUCA